UCCUGGAUACAGUUGUCCUGUUCUCUCGGGGCAAGACGGAGGACAAAUUGCGUAUUAUCUUCGACAUGUGUGAUAAUGAUAAGAACGGGGUCAUUGAUAAGGGAGAACUGUCGGAGAUGCUGCGCUCUCUGGUGGAGAUAGCCAGAACCACUAGCCUGUCUGACGCUCAUGUUACUGAGCUUAUCGAUGGGAUGUUCCAGAACGCUGGAUUGGAGAGAAAAGAUUUUCUGACGUACAGUGAUUUCAAACUGAUGAUGAACGAAUACAAGGGUGACUUUGUCGCUAUUGGUCUGGAUUGUAAGGGUGCUAAGCAGAAUUCUUGGAUACUUCCACCAAUGUUGCAAGAAUGACAAGUUUCCACAUCGACGCUUUUCACGAUGAAGACAAGAGUUGGAUUUCUCGACAAAUUGACUGUUGGACUACAUUUUUGGAGGAGAAUCGACAGAAUAUUUUCUACUUAUUCAUUUUCUACGUUAUCACUAUUGCCUUGUUUGUGGAAAGAU